GAAGGCCCUUCGCCCCUCAGCUGCACCAGGCCUGCACACUCGCUUUGGCGUCCUGCAUGGCGCCCGGCUGACCGUGCGAACGGCUGUUAAGAGAGGGGCGCCCCUGCGCAGACCAUGUGUGACCUCGACUCCGACGUGCGCCGGUGCUGGACCGCUGCGAUACUGACGCCCUCCCAUGCCGGGUUCGUGAACGACGUCUACUCGGACAGCUAGCUGCGGACUGUGCAACCGACACCGCGACCGUUGUAUCGCCAUGGGCCGCUUUUUCAUUCCCCGGCAAUGGCGCCUCGUGCGCGUCGUCUGGGCGCUGCUCAUCCUUGAGUUCCCCUUCACCGUCGCCAAUCUCGCGCUCUUCGGUAUCGCGUCGCCGAACUUGUAUCGCAAUAUUCUGUGGAACGAGGGCGGCAAGAUGGGCUUCAACUCGGAUCCGUCGACCAUUGUGUACGCGUACGCCAACUACAAGCCCGUCACAAUUCCAUUAGUCUGGAGCGGAUACAAUACACAAUACCACCUCGUCAUCGGCGUGGUAUGCAUGUUCUUCUACCUCGUCAAAGUCACCAUGUGGCUCCUCCACGUCUUCCUCCCCAUCUUCUCCGUGCUCCUCCACAUGCCGCUCCUCGCCAUCUGGGCCUACGGCAUCUACAUCCAAACCUCCCCGGACACCAUCGACCCUCUGCGCCGAAACCCCGGCGCGCCGUGGUACAUCACCAAGAACUGCAACAUCGUCGCCGACGCGCAGAUCCGCGGCUACUGCGCCCAGGCGAAGGCGAGUUUCGCCGUGAGCUGUGUGAUGCUCGGCCUCUACACCCUCCUCCUCGCCCUAUCCCUCUACUCACUCUACCCGACCCCGUCCGCGCGGGAAGCCCACCGCACCCGCCGCGCCGCCAAACUCGCCGAGCAGGAAAAAUACGCCUUCUCGCCCACCGCCGACGACGACGAAACCACCGCCGAGCAGCAGUGGCAGCACAUGUGGGAACUGCAGCAGCUGCCGCGCACGCCGGGGCUGCCGCCGACGCAUCAAGCGGGCCGCGCGCCGAUGACGCCGCGCACGCGGGCGUUCGGGGACUUGGAAGGCGGAGGUGCUGGAGGAGGAGGUGCUGGCGGAGGAGGAUAUGCGGGCGCGCAUCCGAGCUGGGUGGCGCAUGCGCAUGGGGCGCAGGCGGGGGCGGGGCAUAGUUGGUAUGGCGGGCGACAGGGGCCGGAGGGGGGGUUUGUGCAGGUGCAGCAGGUCAGUCCUGUGGCGGAGGUGGAGGAGUAUCACUACGGGUUUGAGAACGGGGGGAAGGGGAAGGGGGUUGGGUUUGCGCACUGA